UGUUUUUUUUGGCUGUAUCUCACCUUUUGUGGGAUCUUAGUUCCCCUAUGAGGGAUUGAACCUGAGCCCUUGGCAGUGAAAGCGCCAACUCCUAACCACUAUACUGCCAGGGAAUUACCCCUACAACUACUUGACUUACCAUUUUUAAGAUUUAUUUCUAUGGACUCAAGUAUCUGUAGCAGAUUUAUAGCAACUCCAAUAUUUUAUUGUAUAAUUAUAGGCCAAUUUUCUCAUUGUUCUCCAGAUAACCAUUCAGCCUUUUUAUAGUUCUUCCCCUAUACAGAUAUAGCAGUGAACUUCCUGUAGUUAUGAAUACAUGUGGGAGGGGAUCUCCAGAGUAACUAUACUGAUAAGGUGGACUUUCUGGCUAGUAGGGCUUGUGCCAAUGACACAAACCCUACUGAGUGUUUCCUGUUGUUGAACUUUUCACUGGCACAUUUUUAGAGGCUCAUCACAAGCUUAUUCAUGUUAGAAAAAGGAGUGAACUGUUCACAUGCCUAUAUUAAAAAUGAGAGAGACAAAAAAAAAAAAUGAGAGACAAUAAUCUGCCUAAGGCUAGUUUGGACUGGAACCAUGGUGUCAGAUAUUUUCAUGCUGCUGCUUUUGCUCCACUAUUAUGCUCUCUCCUCCUUCACUUGGGACCUUGUAACACUCACCUGCCAACAGUUGGUGUUCUCAGUUUCCACAAACUCUUGAGAACUUGACGGAGCCUUAAUCUGAAGUGGCAUUUUUAUCCUAAGAGCCACCAGUCCCUUUAGCAUUUCUUCUGACUCCAUGAAAUGCAUUCUAAAUUUAUAUCCCUGGCAGUAUGGUUACAGUUUUAAAAAUACAGGAUUUGCCUCUAAAAUGUUCUUUGGUAUUUCAUUGACUGUGAGUUCAUCAGACUCCACUGUGAAGCCUUAUAUAUUUCUAUAUAUAAGAACUCUCCCAAGCUGAGAAGCAGGUUUUAGUGCUGAGGGGCAGGUUUCUCUCAAAGGGAAGAACAGAGCAGAAAGCACAAAGAGGGUAGCAGGCUGGGCACUGCCUCAACAAUCAGGAGCAUUGUGUAGUCACAACCUCCCUUUGUCACUAAGCAACAAGAAAUUGACCUGCUGAGAUGCUCAUUCUCCAGAAGUAGCCUCAAAAAGACAAGAGGAAAGUUUACCUUUUCUGCUCCUUUCCCGGAAAGAUGCAAAGUGCUUUAGUAGGCUCCUGGCACAACAGUGGCUUCUAUGGGCACUACAGAGGCCAAUUCAGGAGUGACAGUGCUCGAGAAUACCGCCUUGCAGCCAAGCCCCAGCCUCCAGCAGUGUUCCUGCAGCGUUGUCAGGAACCACCACAGCAACACUUCUUCUCCAAGCAUGACAACCGCACUUCCUUUGACAAGGCGCUGGUUUGUGGAUCCCCAGGCAGACCUGCAGUGCCUAAUGCCAUGAGCGUGGUGGUGCAGCAUGUGGAGGAGAAGGCUGUGCACUCCUGGUCACGGAUCUCCACGGCGGGGAAGAAGGCCCUGGAGGAAGCGUUGCUUGUCUUCAACCCCAUGAGCCAGGAUCUCAGUGCCACUGAGGCCCAGCUUGUGGCCUUCCUGCAGGGCCUGCGGGAUGAUGGCUUCCAGCCUACCAUCCUGCGCAGCGGCGAUGUCUAUGGCUAUAGUUCGUGCACAGCCAACCCCCCAAGCCAGACAAAACUUCAGGCUCGUGCCCCCACCCCAGCUGCCACAUCACCUCCAGCCAGUGCUCCCCAAACUGCCAUGCAGCUGCCUGCAGGCCGGGCCACGCUGCUCCCCAUGCCACUAUCUGGCAGGCUGGCCAAAGCGUCCACUCCAGCCCUCGCCAAGCAUGCUACCACCAACCUGCUGCUGAGCUCCUUGAAGCAGUCAAGUGCCGGCCGUGCCCAGGGUGCGGCGGUGGGCUUUCCCACCCACCUCUAUCCAGGUGUCUACCCUGCCAUGCGACUCUCCGUUGUCCUUGAGGCCCUAGUUCCCCUCAAAACUCCCGUGGCCUGCUUGGGUGCCAAACACAAGGCUCAAUCACUGCAGCUGUCUCUUGCGGACUCCCCCCAGAAGGUGCGGAAAGGUCAAGGGAAGAGGCUGGGGAAUGCCCAGCUCAAAGCUCCCAGGAAGGCCACAAGCAAGGGCCCUAAGUGUCUGGCUCGAAGAGGCCCCAGGUCUGGGCUCCAGAGCAAGGCCUGCAAAGUCACUGGGUCUCUCGGUGGCCCACGAAUGAAAGAUGGCAGUGCUCUGGGCACCAAAGCAGCUCAGGCCAAAGCUGCCCGUGCCCAGGCCAAGGUGGCUCAAACACAGGCCACAGCCACCCAGGCCCGGGCCAAAGCCAAGGCCGUGCGGGCCAGGGCCAAGGCUAAGGCAGCUGGGAGCAAGGCCAGGGCAGUGCAGGCCAGGGCCAAGGCCAAAGCAGUGCAGACCAAGGCCAAGGCCAAGGCUGUGCAAGCCAAGGCCAAAGUGGCUCGGACCCAGCCCAGGGGCAGGGGCAGGCCUAAAGGGUCUAUUCAGGGCAGGACUGCAAGGAGGAGCCGGAAGAGCUGCCCUGAGACUGGGGGGCAGAAGAGGAAAAGGGCUGAGGAAGCAAAGGACCUUCCUCCCCGGAAGAAAACACGGCUUGGGCCCCGAUCCCCUAAGGUGCAGCUCGGACCUGGAACGGCAAGGCUGCUGAAGUUCAGGGCCAUCAAGGUGGACAGACUGGCCUCAGAUGACGAGGUGCGGCAGCAGGCUCAGCGGAUCCUCCGUGUGAACCUUUCCCCUGUAAUACGACUCCAGCCAUUGCUGCCACACUCAGCACCCUGACUCCUUCACACAGCGAUGUUUGGGGAAACCAAGCCCUGUUGUGUGUGUGGCCAGCGACAGUGUGCAGUGCGCAUGGAUUCCACAACCCCAAGGACUCUGGUUGCCUCUCCAGGGCCCUGAGGGCCACUGACCUCCUUUCAGAGACUGGAGGAGGUGGGGUGGGGUGGGCGGGCAAAAGGGGUGGUCCCAUGGCGCAACACACUGUGACUUGUUGUUAUUCAAGUUGUAUGUCUAUUGUUCCAUCUAUCACGUUUUAUACCUUUCCACC